AUGUUCGAUUUUAAACAUCUUAUCAUUCUAUUACAAUUAUUAUUUAUUGUAAAAUGUCAAUAUUCAUCUGAUGACCAACAACAUCUUCUCAUUCGUACAAGUUCCGGUAUAUAUCAGGGUCGUACGUUUCAAUAUCAAAAUCAAACCAUUUAUCAAUAUCUUGGUAUUCAAUAUGCUAAAGUAACAAAACGAUUCCAUCGAGCCGUACCUAUUAUUCGAAAUGAAUCAAAUGUAAUCUUGCAAGCUGAUCGUUUUGGUCCAGUGUGUAAACCAAGUGGUUCAUCUUGCAAUUCACCGAAUUUGUGCACAGUGGCUUAUGGAAUAUUUACGAGUUUAUCAUUGGUGGACGAAGAUUGUUUAUAUUUGAAUAUUUUUUUACCCAUUACCACCAAUACAAGUGAAUCCUGGUCAAACUCUCAACGAAAAGCAAUAUUCAUAUGGAUACAUGGUGGUUCAGGUCAAAUUGGAACAGGAAAUUUAUUUGACGGAUCUAUUUUUGCUGCAGUGGGAGAUGUCAUUGUUGUUACAUUUAAUUUUCGUUUGAAUCUCUACGGAUUUCUUUCAUCGGGUGAUGAUCGUUUGGAAGGAAAUCUCGGCCUCUAUGAUCAGUUAUUAGUGUUAGAUUGGCUAUAUGAUAAUGCUGAUCAAAUUGGUGGUGAUCGCGAACGAAUUGUGUUGGGUGGCCAUUCAGCAGUUGCUAUUGAUAAUGAGUGCUAUUAUACGUUGAAUGAAAACGAUGAAAAAUUAGAUUUUAGUAAAACAUUAGAUUGUCUAAGUAAAAAGGAUUUUCAAACGUUAAACGAACAUGAACAUCACUCGUACAUAAGUGCAAAUCAUACAAAUGUUGUACAUCAACAACCAUUUUUAACAUCAAAUCAAAACGAAACCUAUCUAUUAGACAAUACCAAUUAUUCAAAAAUUGAUAUAUUGAUGGGAUCGGUGGCUGAUGAAGGUCUCUAUAUAGCUGUUGUUCCUAUGCUCAUCGAACAAGAAGAUCAAGGAAUAUCAACGUUAAAUUUGAGUAUUGUGGAUGUUGCUUUAAAAUUUUUGGCAAAUAUAAAACCAGACUCAUCAUGUCUGUAUCAAGAUGCAUUAAAAUUAUAUCAAAUUAAUGAACAUAUUUGUUUAACCUUGUCAAAUCCUGCUCUUUACGAGUGUAAAUGUUCAUUGUUUUUGAAUUAUUCAAAGCUAAUUAGCGAUAUAUUAUUUUAUAAUGAUUAUCAUCGUUAUGUUGUUGAACGUUUAAAGAAAUCGUCGAUAAAAAAACAAAGUAUGAAAGUCGGAAAAACGUACUUGUACAGUUAUACUUAUCAUACAUCACAAGAACAUCCUUUUCCGUGCAAUCUCUAUUUUCACAACAAAGGCCUGACAGGACAUUUUGGCGAAUUAGAAUAUACCUGGGGUAUCCCAUUGUUUGAAAAAAAUAAAUCGCUUGUUCAACUUGAUAAAUAUAUGCCGAUUGGCAACCAAGGACAACUGCCUUCAGCGUACGAUUCAAAUCAGAUUGAGUUUAGCGAACAAAUAAUUCGUUAUUGGUCAAGUUUUAUUCAAUUUGGUGAUCCGAAUGUUUUAAAAUCAGCCAGCAGUCCGUAUUGGAACGAAUCGGUGACGAAUAAGCCGAUUGUGAUGAACUUGUAUCCGAAACAAUUACAUACAACAUCAUUUUUCGAAUCGAAAAGUGUUACAUUUUGGAAAAGGACUUGUCCGCUAUUUACAAAUAAUACAAAUAAUGAAAAAAAAAUCGUUCAUGGAAAAUCGUUUGUUGUAUUGAUUGUACUCUUUUUAAUUCUUGCUCUUCGUUAG